GCACUGGAGUGUUUCAAUCAGGCCAGGAGCACAUCCCUGGAUUCAUGAGUUGCUACAUUUUGGGACCGAUAGGACGAUAUUAUUUAUCUAAAGGAUCUCACCAGACUCCGGGAUCGUUUACAAAACAUCACCAGCAAUACAUGAAGUGAAAGGCAAGGACAUUCUCCCAAUUCCUGCUCUCAGAGGUAACGCCAACAUUAUUAUUUCAAAUAACAAGCUAACUUAGCAAGCGCAAAAAUAACAUCACAAAUAGGCAAUAUUUUACAUGAUACGCUUGUGGUUCGUGCGUAGUAGUUUGGAUAGUACCGCAAUAUGCAAAGUGUCGCCUGUUAUGACACCGAUCCUAUUCCUCAAACAAGAGGGGGUAUGACUUUGCUAAUGUUAACCUGCCACCGUGAUGCUGCUUUGCAACUUUGGUCAAGGUACCGAAGUUAGCUCCACUUCGAGCAGCUGUCAUCAAGCUAGGUAGCAUUAGCGAGCCACCCCAGCAAGCGUGAUAACUUUCCCGAAUCGUUAGCUGAAUUAUUUAUUACUUUGUGGUCGACUGUAGCUCUAUUACAUAGUUCAGUUAAACUCAAAAUAAACGUACAGGAACGGCUUCGCUCCAGCAGGUCGGGGACAUUGUGUGUUGCCAUGGCGAUUGUGGGAUUGUAGCCCAGUAACGUUCGCUGUAAAUUGUUAUAGUUAUUGUUAUUACUACAAUAAACACGAAGCAAGUAUUCUCUGCUUUGUCAGCCUCUUAAGCUAACAUUAACCGGUGUCUCUGCGACGAGCAGCGACGGAAAGCUCGCGGUAAGUGGCUGCGUGGUGGAGGGAAUGUCUCAUUGUUUUUCCCCGGGAAUUCGAGCACCAGCAGCGGGCCACAGACGUACAAGACAACGACUGCUAACGUUCACGUCUAAAGACAAACCGUCUUAUCAAACACCAACAGUCAGCGUAGUAAUGGUUUAAAGCUGGUCGUGGUCGGUAAGUUAACGUUAGCUAAUUACUGUUCAUUUUAUCAAACUGUUAGCCAUCAGGGUUACACUAAAACGAUAAAGUUUUAUGUUCAUUUCUCUCAUAUUGGGCGAAUGCGUCGUUGAAAGUAGCUAACCGACGAUUCUGUUUGAGAGGUUGAGGAAAACUCAAGGAAACGUUAGUUAACGUUGUCUUCAAUUCAACACACUUCUCAAAUAUGCUUUGUUGUGUUCUCCAGAGCUUACUGUGAAACUUUCAUACAUUGUGUUUUCAAUACAGACUUGUAUUUACUGUUCAUGUCUUUCUAUGAGGUAACCAUUCUGCUUUUUGUUGUGAAUUCCAACAGGCUGUAAGUGGGUGACAUGGCAACUGGAGGCACUCCUUUCGAUGACAGUGCAGAGGACCUGCACAACUGGGCUGUUACUAAUGGAAGUCUUGAUGACAGACUAAACAACAUGGUAAAGGCUGAUGAGAACCCCCAUAGGACAAAUUACUGUAUCAUUUUUACAUAGGGGAGAGUGGGCUAAGAUGAGCCAUUUUUCAUAUUUCGGAUUACUACAUCAAGACACUCAUAGUUUUGUCUCUAACUAGUGUAUCUGUAUAUAUUGCAAGAUGUUGUGCAUCCCCACAGACCAACAGAAUGAGUGUAAACAUAACUGUCUUGAUAAUAUAGCAUGCAAAAAAAAGUGGUCUCCUAUGGUCAACUUACCCCGUGUAUGUGGUAAGUUGACCAUAGGAGCGGGGUAAGUUGAGCCGUGUCCCUACUAUCCCCCCACUCUCCACCCCAGCCCCCCCUCACCUUCGCUCCCCCUCAAUAACAGUCACUUCUUCACAUUCAUGUGUAUUUUUAUCUACUAUCUGCUAUUCAACUGGUACAAUAAUACUUGUUAUUAUUAUUAUUGCAUAUAACUGCUAAAAAGCUGUUUUGUAAAAAGCCAUUUUAAAAUGAGAAUGUCUUUAAGUGAUUCAGAACAUUCACAGCUGUAUUUUUGAAAAGAAAAAGUAACACAUUUCUACAAUCUGAACUGAAACUCUGAUCCUCUCAUCAGACUCCUUUACUUUCUCAGUUGAGCCACAGGCUAAACUUACCCCAGAACCACUAUCAUGACUUUUUUAGUCCUCUAAGCUAAAAUGGUGGACUUUUAUGCAAGGUUUUUGACCUCAUGUUGUAGCUCAUAGAUACCACAAUUGAUGUAUAAAACAAAUUUAAACGAUCUUUUUUGGUCUGAACACAAUUGUAAUAAAACUUAUGACAGACUAAAUUCACUUUCAAGAGUGAAAAAUGUUUUUUUUUAAUAAACCUUUUCACCCAUGUGCUUCUAACCUUCACAUACUCCAUGAAUUUACCCUUUUGCUCAACUUACCCCACUCUCCCCUAGUUUUAAUAUGGAAAAUAAACUUUUACUGUUCAAAUAUAGUCAUUCUCUGAUUGCAUUUUGAUACUAUGUUAUUCCUGGCAUCAAAAUAUUGCAUCUGUCUCCAUAAAAAUAAGUAUGCUUAGUAAUCAACAGAGCAACCAUUAACAUUUUCACGUUUUCUAAGGAUUGGGGUGUGCAGCAGAAGAAAGCCAACAGGUCUUCAGAGAAGAACAAGAAGAAGCUUUCAGCUGCGGUGGUGGAGAGCCGUUUAACUAAUGAUAUUUCACCAGAAUCCACCCCAGGGGCUGGCCGCAGGAGAGCACGUACUCCUCAUUCCUUUCCUCACAUCAAAUACACCACUCAGAUGUCUGUCCCAGACCAGGCUGAGCUGGACAAGCUGCGUCAGAGAAUCAAUUUCACUGAUUUGGAUGAGGUGAGGUCGUGAAACACACAAUUUAAAAUGUGUCAUGGCCGUUCAUUCAAGGAUACAUAGCAGCACACUGACUGAAUGCAGUAUUUGUGUUGAAAGAUAUAGUGUACUUUCCUGUAGGGCAACAUUCUUAUGAGCACAUCACCCAGCAGAUUAAAUGUCUGCAUAAUGAUAAGUAUAAGAAUUCACAUGUAUAGCUUAAGCAGCACACAGGCGCCUUUAUGCUCAUUUUCUGCUGGUUCUAGGCAUUAAUCCUGUCAAGACUUUAAGCUUUACUUGUACUUUUUGAGGAAUCUCAUAGACAGAUAAAAACAGGUAACUGUGGGUGAGUGGCUCAGUGGUAGAGUUUGUAACCUCUUGGUUACAAGGAUGAUGGUUCAAUCCUGGGUCCUGACGUCCACAUGCUUAAAUUUCCUUGGACUAGACAAUCAACCCUGAAUACUGGUGUGAGAAUGGGAUUAGUCACUUUACAUAACAGCCUCUGGGAUCAGUUUAUGAAUGUAGAGUGAACGAGUGAUUGUGACUUCUAAUUUGAAGACCAUAAAGCGGUCCAAAGACUGCAGAAAACUCUCUGUGAAUGAAGUUAAUUUACCAUAAAUAGCACCUUACAGAGUAAAAACAUGCUUACAUUAGUGCAGAGAGAGGUGAGGUCAGAGGCAUUUUCUUGCAAGGCAUUAAUUUAUUAUUAUACCUAUUAAUCAUGUUUCUGUGGUUAUUUUUCAAUUGCAUUCGUGUUUUUGAUGUAUACUCAGUGUUCUCAGCUGAAAAAAAAAACAAACUUGAAACCUUUUACAAAAAACUUAAAAAUUAAUCUGAUCCAUGAUUUAAAAAGUGGCAGUCUGGUUUCAGCAAAUUGACACUAACAAAGUAGAAAAAAGAAAAUCAGCAUUUUAUGAAGAAAGUUGAUCUGAAGUGAUGUUUUGUCUGACUUAUAUUUUCUUUCCCUCACUAGAGGAGCAUUGGCAGUGACUCCCAGGGUCGUGUCACAGCUGCCAACAACCAGCGGCAGUUAGCUGGAGAGAACAAGAAGCCCUACAACUUCCUACCUCUGCACGUUAACACUAAUAAAAGCAAGGAGCUGCUCCCUCCCUCCUCUUCUGCUCCAGCCACACCGGCCAUCACCAAGGAAACCAAGAAACAGAGCCCAGGACUUAGAGAUAUGUUAACCCCUUUGAUUCCUUCCAAGGACACUCCAAGGCCCAGCCGUCUUGGCACAGAGAGAGGGCUGCGGGCCGCGGGAGACGACAGGAGAGACGAUACCAGAAUAGACAGCAUUCGGGUAAUAUUUUGUUGUCUUGAAGUUAUUAGUCAGCCUGUACUCCAAGUUUGUUGUUAUUUAUAGCCAAGGGUGGAUAGGGUACUCAAAUAUUCCACUCAAGUACAAGCACAGUUACUGAGAUGACAUGACAUUGAAUACCUCAUCUAAAAUGUACUAAGUAUUUACUUUAAACCCAUAGUGGUGGAUUUGGUAGAGUCUCCAUAAUUGAUUGAGUUUUUUUCCCCCCCAAACUGAUUGUUGUGAUAAAAUCAACAGCUUUAAUUUGUUAAGUGCGUAUGACUCUGCACCUGUUUGAAGUUAUUGAAUAUUUUUGCAGCAUCUUUUGUCAGGAUUUCACUUUGCCCACUGAAGGCUGGAUGUGCAAAGAGGUUUGCUAAUCAUGAACUGAAAUGAACUCCAUGGCUAAAGAUGUGGCAGGCAAUUUUGGACAUGUUUCUUGAAAUGAAACUGAUUUCAAGGAGCUUGUUAAGAAAAAUUUGGUCUGAAAUGUCUUCUAAUAAGACUUCAAUUUGACCGCUCAUGUCAGUGAGUUUUUGCAUCGUAGACAUCAUCUAUUCAGCAGGUCAUUGUGCUGUGAAAUAAAAGCGAACAUGUUUUUUAUAAAAUACUUUUUGCAGAAAAUAAUCCAGUUAAAGUUCUUUUUCUUAAAAGCUACUCAGAAAAGUACUAGUGCACAAAACGUUAAAGUAACAUAAGUCAAUGUUCUUGUGUACUUUACUCCUGCUUCUUGGCUAGUAGUGUCUGAUCAUUAAGUGAUUUGCCUUCAAAAACCAGAACAAACAGUUACAUGUAAUGGUGCUUUACAGAAAUCAUUCACCAACCUGCAGUGCCAAAGGAAAAGAAAUGGAUUGCCAGAAUAAUUCAGAAAAAACAUGAUAAAAAAACAGAUAGUGAAUAUAAAUAAAGAUAUUUCAAAGCAAUUAAUCAUAUGAUAAUCAAGAUGUGUUGCUCUCCUGUUUUUCUUUGAUAAUAGUAGAAAACUUUAUCAUUAGCUGCUGUGUUUGCAGCUGGUUGUAAGGUUUACAGGAUUAAGUGUGCUACUCCCCAGUAGACAGCAGUUUCCUAUUUUACUGAACCGAGUUUAUUUUCAUAUGCUCACAUGGCUCUGUCUAUAUCACUGCACUACAGACUGCUCUGUAAAUCAAAAACUAGGUUGAAAGUGAGGGAGUGCUAGUGCAGCUGAACUAGGCUGUAUUUAGGGCAAUUUAUAAAUAUGCCACCCUUGGUGCCCGGUGAGCUUUGUGCCCAACCCCCCCUUUUUCUGUCCUUAUUUCACAAAGUCUGAGCAGUCGCUUCAGAUGCUCACUCACCUUUCCUUACGUCUUUCACUUUCUUCUUUUCAUUUACUGCUUUGAAACCCACGCUCAUACAUCAUCACCCUUCUGUCUUUGUUCGCUGCCAGGUGGUGAGCAAAAUCGUACAGAUCCGGGAGUACAUCAGCAAGGCCAGCUCCAUGCGGGAUGACCUGGUGGAGAGGAACGAUGUUCCGGUGCAUGUGGAGCGUCUCUCCCAUCUCAUCGACCACCUCAAAGAGCAGGAGAAGUCUUACUUACAGUUUCUGCAGAAGAUGCUGGUCAGUCUGUCAGUUUUGUUAUCUCAAUCUUUUGAGAAAAAACUAUUUCUCUUAUUUUCUCAGACAAAAGAUUACAUUGUUAGCAUGGUAUUCUGAGUAGAUCUUGUCUAUUAGUUACUUAAUUGUAGAAAUGGAACCCGUUUAGUGUCGCUGCCUGUUUUCAUGACCUAGACCACUUUAAAACACAAAUCAUCUCUCAUGUGAUGCUAAAAAAAGGAUAUUCUGUACGACAUGAUGUACAGGGUGGCUGUUUGGUGUGUAUUUGAUGUAAUUUUACAGUUGAUGACAAAUUAAAAUAAAAUAUGUGAUAAAUCUUGUACAACACCUCAUAGUCCAUUCGGAGGACUGCUGGGGUUUUUGUGCUCCCCAUCUUUAUGCAUGCAUUAUUUUCUGUUGCUAGGUUACUUCUUCAACAAUGCUAUCCUAUUGUUAGAUAAAUGUGUUGCUCUGUACAGUUGCUUAUUUUGCUAUCUACAAAUCGCAGGAUGUCUUUUCUGUUAUUUCCGUAGACACGAGAGAAUGAGGAGGAUGAUGUAGGGACUCUCGACUCUGCUGUGGGUUCAGGUUCACUGGUAGAGAGCACUUCUCUUAACGUUGAGGUUCACUCUUCAGAUGCCUCAAAUACAACGGUGAGUACUGGUACUUACUGUGCUGUUUUCCUGCCACUUAAAGCACUCUCAGCUUUUUCUGCUAACGAUCAUAUUUGGACAGCAAACUGUAUCCUGUCUUUAUGUUAGGACAUAAGGAAAGAAGUAAAAACCAGUUUAUCCUCUCUUUAGUCUAAUUACUAACAAAGCUAAAUCUUAUUUGCUGUGUCAAUGCCUGACAAGCCUCUUUGACCUAUUCUGCUGAGUCGCUUUGCAGCGUCACUGAUGUGUUGCGUUGCUUAAAAUGCUGCGUGGGUGUGGAUUUUUGCAGGGUGGUAGGCCAGAAACGAUGAGAGCGGACCAGAAGGAGGAGUUGGAGAACUUGCGAAAGCAGCACGAGCUGCUGAAGAAGAUGCUGGAGCAGCAGGAGCAGCUCAGAGCUCUGCAAGGAAGACAGGAAGCACUGAUGGCCAUGCAAGACAGUGCUGAACAGGCUCUGGCAGUGAUUGAAGACACUGGUGAGUGCACAGGGAUUUAGUAAACCAGAAAGGGGCCCUCUAAGCAAAUAGGACCCAACACUCCUUAUCCACUCAGUGCGUAUGGGAGGGUCGCAGAUUCCACUCAACUUUUCUGUCUUUCAUGCCUGGCCAAUAAGGAGACAGGGGACAGUGUGGGCAUUUGGAUGGAGUCAUGUUGUCAUCAAAGAUAAAAUUGAUAUCAGGGCUUGACAGAGCGACCGCUUCACUCACAUUUGCGACUAAAAAUAGAUGCGUGCGAAUUGUAAAAUGUAUUGAGGGGCACAUGUGCGCAUAAAAAAAAUCAGCCGAGUCACAAAUGUUUUUAAUGUAAAUACAGUGGUGAAGUUAGUUUUAGGUUGGAUAUUCGACAGACAUUCACUGUGGAUCCACUAGUGUCUUCUCACUCUCCAUAACUGAGAAUAGCAACAGCAGCGCGGUUAAAUCUACUCUGCGCCCUCACUGGGACCGUUAAUAAAUUACCAGUUGAUGUUCUCAGAAAAGGCUGUUUUCCUUCAAUAGCUUCCAUGUCACAUGACCAAUUGACCUAAAAUUGAUUUCAAAAUAAAGUGCUAAGGUCAGAUGAUAAGACACUCCUCUCUAUUUACCUAAUUUGUCUUCUAAAAAUGUUUGUGUUAAAGUUAAAGGCAAAUUUUGAACAUUUUCUUCAAUAGCUUCCAUUAAAUGUGACCAAAAGACCUACAAUUGAUUUCAAUUAAUAGUACUUAUGUCGACCAAUAAUUAUAUCAUCAAUUUUCAUUGUGCCCGUGAAGGUCUUUGUGUCCUCCUUACGUUUUCAACUUAGAAAUUCUACAUAUCCAGGGCCUGACACUAACUUUUUCCUAACUGUUCUUGAAAUCUGAAAUGCAUCAACAGAUAUUUUGUUAGGUUUUGUUUUUCAUGACAGUUGAAUAGCACAGACUGAUUCAAUUUUGAAAAGUAUAUAUUUUUUGUCGUUCCUGUUUUUCAAUAGUUGUCACAGAAACCACAGGCAGUGUUUCAGGCCUGAGCAUCACAUCUGAACUGAAUGAGGAGCUGAAUGAGUUGAUCCAGCGGUUUCACAACCAGCUCCGUGACUCUCAGGUACAGCAGGUCCUACAACUGGGCUGGGUAUUGUUGGUAUGUGAACCUCAUACAUGCUUGAAGUUUUUUUAUCAUCUCUUCCUUCCAGACCAAAGCAGUGCCAGACAACCGUCAUCAGGCACAGAGUCUUUCUCUGUCUAGAGAGGUGUGCUGGUCCAGGACUCCUCAGGCUCUUGGUCCUCCUCAACACAGGCCUCUCCUCCACUCUGCCUCUGGUCCCCACUCUGGCCUGGACACAGGGGCAACAGCUGCUAGUGCCAAACUCACAAAGCUCCAAGAACUCCAAGACAAAAAGCAAACCAUGGACAAGAUCCUGCAGGAGCUGCACUCACUGAGAGACCAGACUCUCAAUAAUAACUCUUGUAAGAGUACUUGUAAAGGCUUCUCUCGCUGUUAUUCAAAGUUUUGCUGCCUCUGUAAACUUGACGAGUUGUCGUGUGAUCACCCAUAGGUCGUGGUUUGUCAGCGCAGUGCAGCCUUAGCAUGGGAGGAUCUUCAGAAUGUCCAUCCGCUCUCUGCUCUAAUGGGGCGUCAGCUUCCACAGCGUUUCAUCCUUCCAUCACGCAACGCCAGGACAGCUCCAAUUCCACAGACAAGCUCAGGUACCAACACAAACGCACAAGGAUUUAGAGAGUUGAAUAGACAGAUCAGGUAUCAGCAGCAGGGUAUUGUAUCAGGUGUUGAUGAUGUAACGACCUUUUGCAGGUGCGAAACUUUCCAAUUGUCCUCUUGUAGAUGAACUCAGUUCUUUGCAGUGUUGCUUUUCUGUGGGUGACUCUGUUCUUAGAGCUCAGGCAAAGGUUGAAAAGACAUUGUCCUCACUUUUGACGCAACCUUUUUAAUAAUUCAUAACCUUGAACAAUAACACAUUUGCAUUUCAUUCUUCUCUGCUCCCUACAGGAAGCUUAAGGAGGUCCACAAGCGUCUGAACGAGCUGCGGGAGCUGGUCCAGUAUUACGAGCAGAGGUCUGAUAUGAUGGUGGACGCGGUCAAUGAGAAUGUAAAAGAGGAGGAUGAUGAAGAGGAGGAGGAAGAUGAGACAGAAGACGGUUCUAUGUUCGAAGCCAUGUUUGACUCUGAGCAGGAGAACCGGCAGCCUGUGACUAACAUCAGGUGUGAUAAUCGAAGUAAAAAAAGAUUACAUGAGUAAUUUAGGAGGUAAUAUCCUGUAUUCAAGAUAGUUUCACUGGAUCCUCUUCAUAGAGCUGCAACAAUUGGCUAGGGCCUGACCGAUAUGGAAUUUUUGGGGCCGAUGCUGAUACCGAUUAUUAGGGAGGGAAAAAUCAGAUUACCGAUCAAUCGGCCGAUUUUGAAAAAUUUUUAUGAAGUUUUAAAAUUUUGUUAAUUUAAGUAACAUAUCAACAUAUUUACUUAUUUUUAACAAAUGGCUGCUUUUGAGCCUUUCAAACGCUUUUCAGUAGCAAUAGUAUAGUAAUAUUCCACGUAUUUGUCACGAAUCAAACUCAGACCAGAAAAGCGUUUUCAAAGUGAAACCGGAUCUUAUUCUCCGCAUUUUAUUUCUGAAAACAUCUGCGACAAUCAGCGAGUUUUGGCCGAUUACCGAUAAGUCUCAAACGGGCUAAAAUUGGCCGAUUUAAUCGGCUCGCCGAUGAAUCGGUCGGGCCCUACAAUUGGCAGCUUUGGAAAAUACUCAGCAACUUUUCUCUCAGGUCAAUUUUGCAGCAAGAUUACCAAACACUUGAGGGUUUAGCUCCUGAAAUCUGCUGAUUGUCUGAAUGAGCCGCAUUUUUGUAAAUUGUGCUCAGACAAAUAAGACAUCUGAUAUCAUGUUUUUGGCAGAGGAAAUUGCAUUUGGCAUUUUCCCCAAAUUUUACUCCUUGAUGGUCCAAACAAUCCUUAAGAAAAUGAUAUGCAGAUACACGUUAAGAAACAUAAUAGUUGGUCGUAGGCUUUGCUUUUAAAUAGACUCAGUUGGUGUUCAAAUGAAACUGAAUCAGCUGUGAAACAGAAACAGGGAGAGGAAGGUUAUUGAAUGAUGGUCUUGAGCAAACAGCCGUGGUGUAUGUAAGCCUGUCACUGACGCUGUGAUGUUUCCAUAACAGUCGCUGCACUUUAUCUCUUCAGGAACCCACAGCGCAGCGGGAACUGGACAGACCUGAAUAGCCUGACAAAUGGGCGCAGUGUGAGGAGCAGUGCCGCUAACAACAGAGAUGGCAGACUGAACACUGAGUGCGAGAUCAACAACCGCUCAGCAGCCAACCUCCGCAGCCUCAACAUCCCCUCAGCCAUAGGUACACACAUAGGUGUUACUAGUUUCUUAUAACCUUUUGUCUUGGGGGGGAUAAAUGGCUGACAUAGGGAUAUGAUGGUAGAGGUGUUGUUGGUUUAACAAUAUUGACAGACUUUAGGCUACAGGCAUUGUAUUUGUCUUCAGCUUGGUGUAACUCCUGAAUUUGAAUGCCAAAGCUGAAGAAAUGCUGUAUAAUGCUCAGGAGUACGUUACUGCAUUAUCUUUUUAGACAUGCUUUUUAGCUUUUAACAGAAAAUCUCAAUUCUCUAUGAGCUACAUAAUAAUUAACUUCAUUCUGAUUCAAGUUCAAAGAUAGAAUUUUAUAGCAUUAUUUUACAACCUCACAAUAUUUAGACGAAUCUAUCAGACACUAAUGUAACUUUGCUUCGCUUGCAUUUAGAGUGCCAGUACAAUAGGGAUACCCCCUAUAAUCGGGUGAAGGAUGAAGAUGAGGAUGAAGACUGCCUUGAUGAUGAUAAAGGCGCACAGGCUGGGGCUCCAGACAGUGAGGCGUCAGGGUCCAGCCGUAGAAGCAGUCUGGGGAACAACGUGGGAUUUUCCCCGAAGGUUCAUCGACAGACAGCAAAGCAGAAACUUCGGCAGCUUCAGGAGCUGGUGGCCAUGGUUCAGGUGAGGGAGAAGACACAACAGAGGAGAUUGAAUAGUUUGGAUUUGGGUGUUACUGUUACUGUAUAGUCGGGUAAAAUGACAGGCUGUUACAGCUGCUAUUUGUGCAUUUCAAAAGAUGAUGGAACUAACGGUUUUCUUGCAUGUUGCAUCUUUUUGGAAAACCUGCAUUCUUUAGAUCAGAAUGAUAAAGGUGGGAUUUUGAUUUGAAGAAAUGGUGGUUGGACAUGUUUUAGUGUGAAGCUCGAACCCAAUCUGAACCUGAACGCUGUAAAUGUAUUUUUGUCCGUCUCCAGAGUGAUGACACAGAUGUCACCACAACUAACGAGGAUGAAGUUUUACACCAACAGCCCAAUAAUACCAGAGGUACUGCAGCGGGGUCACUGGGGGCCAAACAAAAUCCCAGAGAUUUCACUCUCUCCAGCAAGGCCAGGUACACUUCUAAAAAGUCUAAAGAGGACAUAAUGUUUGUUUUAUGUCUGCUUUGCUGUUGGUUUUUAUGCAAAUAUAUUGAUUGCUUGUUUGUACUUGUUAUAAUGUUAGUUUUUUAGUAGUUAGUGAAUUAUGUGCCGUAUUUCCAGCUGUCUAACCAGAGACAAGGACGGCUGGUUAGCUUUGGCUAGUAGUCCUGUAUACACGGCAUCGGUUUAAUUUAAUUGGAAAUAACAAUGCCUGCAUGUAUUGUCCCUGUCAGAUAAACACAUAAAUAAAAGCGAUGGUGUGACUGUCUGUGCUGCUGUCAGAAAACAGUACUCUGACUUUGUCUGGCAUGUGCGUUCUAUCAAACUCUUCCAAAUUCAGGGAGAAGCUGUAUGAGGAGAAGCUGCGCCAGCAGAAGCAGGAGCUGAAACAGCUCCAUGAAGAACGCCAAAGGCUCAAUGAAAUCCAAGGCAAGAUCCAGGACCUGCAGUGGGCUUGCCCUGACCUCCAGGUAUUUCACACACAAACGCACAGGUUUCCUGUCAUACCCAAAUAAUCUUUGGAGAGAGAAUCAAUCAAAAACAUGUUUUGGGAUUCAAUUCAACUUUAUUUAUAAAGCACAUUUCAUGAACAAGGCAGACUCAAUGUGCUUCACAACAGGUAAACAUAGUUACAGUAAAAACAGUUCUAUAAAAAUCAAUUAGAAAUCAAUUUAAGAGUGCAAGUGCAAGUAAACAAGCAUAUGUAUGCCAAUUUCACCGUGUGCACACUUAAACUCAUACAUGCGCACGCACUCACACAACCACACAUGGACACAUGCAAACGUGCACACACACACACACACACACACACACACACACACACACACACACACACAGUUCAACAGACUGCUGUAGAAAAAAAGAUUUUAAAGAUGGCUACUGAUGUGUCAUGUCUAACUGUGUCAGGCAGGGUGUUCUAUUUUGUGGGGCAUAAACACUAAAAGGAUGACUAAUUCCCCAAAACAGCUCUCAGUAGAGAACAUCAUAAUCUACAGCAUGAAUGACUAAAGUAUCUUUCAUCUGCCUGUGGUCUUUUUUCUAGUCGUCCAUGUCCAGCACUAUGAGUCCACAGGGCUUACUCCGGAAGGUUCCAGUUGCGGUUUCCACCCCAGCCCCUGUUCAGCUUUCCUCUGGACCCAAAACCAACUCCGCUAUGCUUAAACCAACAGCUCAAGAAGCUGCCACCUCUUUAGUGACUGACAAUGAGGUAAUAGACUCCACCAACAGUCACCAAGAACCAAACUCACAUAGGUACUUAAAGAACAGGACAGGUCAAAUUCAACAGUUCGGCUCUGUUUCUCUGUGGUCAGCAGCUUUGGUCAGAAAUGCGCCGUCACCAGAUCUUGCGAGAGGAAUUGCGACAGCGCAGGAAGCACUUAGAGUCCCUGAUGGCUGAACACCAGAGACGGAGUGGACUUAACGACUCACCCGGGCAGACUGAAGACCAAGAAGGCCUCGCCUCACCCUCACAACCUGUCAGCAGGGAUGAAAGGUAGGAAACAUGUUCAGCUCCAUUGUCCUUAACAGGAGUGUGCUCGCUUCCCAGUCAUUCAAAAUACUGAAGAAUCAAAUAGAAGGAAAAUAUAGUGAAAACAACUUUAAACGUUAAAUCUGGAAUACUUUUAAAAGUUUAUCUAUUUUCUUAAUGUGUCAUCAGGACCAUGGCCACCUGGGGCUCCACCCCCUGCCACCUUGACGACGAAGAUGAUGAUGACGAUGAAGCUGACUAUCACUCAGAGAUGUGUGCAGAGGAGGAAGAGGAGCAAGAGGAAUCUGUGGAGAGUAGCUCUGAUGACGAUAUCCACAUUUACUCAUCCAGCAGGAACCAGUGCUCCUACAGUAACCGAAAGAACCAAGGAAGGUCAGAGAAACUGAGAGCAGAAGGAUCAGACUGCUCUGAUCUCUGUAACCUGGGUUUUAUAACAAGAUUUUCUGUGUCUUUUAGCAACCUGAAGCCUCCACCAGCCUUCUCCGGUGAAGCUAGUGGGAACUCAUCCUAUCAUAAUAAGACUAACGCAAAGCAGCAGCAGCAGCAGUGCAGGAGUUUGAACCAGUCGGCGAGCCAGCAUGGAGCUACACAGCGACAAGAGAACCUGCGCUGGGUGUCGGAGCUUUCCUUCGCAGAGGGCUCGUCGCACUGGCAGGAGCAGGUCAGCCAGCUGCAGAGACAGCUUGACUUCAGCACCAGCAUGUGCCAGACACUGUUACAGGACCAGCAGGUUGGUGCACUUAACAUAUUCAUGAGCACACGCAGACACAGACCUCUACAAUUGACAGACACUUGCAUUGCACACGAAGAUCAAUUGACAGCGGGAUUAAAUUUCUCUAGUUACUGCACUUUUUGUCUCCCUGAUUAGAACAACCAAUAACCACUCCUGUCCUUUCUGUCUUUUUUUUUCCACAGUCCCUCUCUUACAUGUUACAAACCUUGCUGACAGGGCAGUACAGCGUGUUACCCAACAAUCUGUCAUCACCACAGGUCCACCUGGUCAUGCACCAGCUCAACCAGUGUUACACUCAACUGACUUGGCAGCAAAAUAACGUACAAAGGUAUAAAAAGCGGCGAAGAAACUCGCUAUGAACCAAACGAUCAUGUCAAGUGUUUCAACUCUCUUUUUCUCCUCUGUCAGGCUGAAGCAGGUCCUAAAUGACCUCCUUCGACAACAACAGCAGCAGCAGCAGCAGCAGCAGACUUCUGCUCCAGCAGCAGGUUGGCAGACACAGAAGCACAGUUCAGCCCAGGAAUCCAACCCUGCUCCCUCUGCCUCUCCUGGUUUCUUUCCCCCCUUCUCAUCCAACCUGCAACCGUCGACCAACAACAUGUCAACCGCUGCCUUAUCCCCAUUCCCUCCCAGUGAGCUAUACAUAUUCAUUAGCUUCUCAGCUUAAUUCUCCCUCAAAACAUGUUUCUAUUAGGAAACAUUAAGGCGACAAAUGCCAAAAGAAAAAAUCAAAACGAUGCUGAAAAUGCGACAAGUUACAAAAAGCUGUAAUGGAUUAUUUGAAAACAUUUUGGUGACAAACCAAUUAUACAUGGAUCAUUUCUAAAACAAACUGACUGAACAACAUCUUAACUGAAUGUUCUACUUUUGGAUUUGAUGCGAGUUAUUGAUUUUUCAAUGACUCAGUUUUGCACAACAAGAAGCCGAAGUUGUAUUGUUUUGCUUGUAUCGAUCCCCAAAUUAUGAGCAUCUUUUUCUUUUGGUACUCUGCAGGCUUUAACUUGUAUCCACUCUUCCCUGCUCCAAUGGGUGAUUUCUCUCAAGGGCCAACAGCUCAGGCAAGCCCUGACCAUCAGAAGCAGCAGCUGGACCCGAACACCUCAAUCAAAACAGAGUAUAUGAGUUUCCCUCCUCCACUGCAGCGCUCUCCUCUUAACACCACAACAGAGAGAGGGUAUGUCCAUCAUGUUUGGCCAGAGGAGACAUUUAAAUUAAUUCAUAUCAUGACUCUAGCUGAUGUCUUUUCUUUUUUGACCCUUUAGAACCACCAGCUGGUUUAAAACCUCCUACACCAAUAACAACGUCCAUAGUCGCCAGUGUAAAACGGAUCUGCAGGACUCUCCCUCCUUCUCCCCCAACUCUGCCAAUCGUCACAGCCAUCCUCAAGACUUUGACAGGGCGUCACUGGAAAGCUUCAGCAGCAUGCCUGAUCCCGUCGACCCCACCACCAUCGCUAAGACCUUUAAGAGCGGGCGCAAGGCAUCCGCGCAAGCAAACCUGGCCACACGGAGUAAAAUACCCAAUUCUAAGAGUCGACGCAGGAAGAGCAAAGGGCAGAACAAGAACAGUGAAGGUGAGAAAAUGAAGCUCGAAAUGAGGCUAAUUCUCAUGUGUUAUUCAACAAAUGUAAUAUCUAAUGUGGGAAAUGUUUGUGGUUUCCUCAGGCCAUGAGAGUGACAGUGUUAGCAGUACUGCAGACUUUGCCCAGGAGAGGGCACUGCUGUCUCGCCAGAAGGAUCAGAACAAGAGUCUGCUGGACAAGCUGACCCAAGAAAAACUUGACAGCAAGACUAAGCUCGGGAGUAAAAGAAAUGACCUCUCCUCUGGUAGGGGUCAUGCCACUCUUAGUGACAGUUACACACCCCUUUCACCUCUCUUGUGUCGUUCUGUUUUGUUUUUCUUUUGCACUUUUAAACACCUACAUUCUGCUUAUUUUACACAUUGUCAUUUUUGAUAUAUUCUUUGCACAUAAGAAUAAGAAUAACUUUAGUUCGUCUAAUUUGUCAUAUCUCCAAAAGACAACUACUAUUUAUAGAAGAGUUGUAAAGUCUGAUGGCUGUGGGUACAAAAGAUCUUCUGAAUCUUUCUGUCUUGCGGCGAAGAGAGAGGAGCCGUCCACCACCAUUAACUCUUUGGUCCAUCAAGGUGUUAUGAAGUGGGUGAUCCAUAUUCUUUAGAAUAGUCUCCACCUUUCUUAGUGAGCAUCUCUCCACCACAUGCUCCACUGAGUCCAAAUUGAAUCCAACCCCAGAGCCAGCUUUUCUCACCAGUGUUUGAUGCUUCCUCCCCAGCAGACUGCAGCGUAGAACAGAGCACUUGCCACCACAGACUGAUAAAACAUCUGCAGCAUCUUAACACAGAUGUCUAUUGAUUGCAGUCUACUCAGGCAAAAGAGGCGGCUCUGCCCCUUUCUUUAGAUGAAGUCUGUAUCUUGAGACCAAUCCAACUUAUUAACCAGAUGUACACCUAGAUAUUUAUGUAAUGUCACCACUUCGAUGUCCACUCCACGGGUGUUCACUGGCUGAAGAGGGGGUUUAGAUCUGCGGAAGUCUAUGAUCAUCUCCUUUGAGGUGUUGAGUAGGAGGUAGUUUUUGUGGCUCCAUUCGCUGAAGGCUCUUAUCAGAUUCCUGUAUUCAGCUUCUUGCCUUCACCAGCACAGCAACCACAAUAACACCUCCUGAUGUCCUCUGGGAUUGGAUGUUGUUGUCCAGAUUUACUUUGUCUCAAUGAAAGGAGCUCUUCUCCUGAGUAAACUCUUCGCCCAGCAGAAGUAUCCACCAACAGCCAACAACAACAAAAAAAACAAAAACAUUAAAAAAAUCUAGCAAAAAUUACAAAAAUAAUAUACAAUACAGAGAGACCAGACUUGCAGAAACCUCUCGGUUCAAGCGCACCAUUUGAAUUGAAUUGAAAUCAUUUGACAUGUUCUCGUUUGUUUUAUUAUUUGGGUUAAUUUCCUUUCUUGUCACUUUAAUUUAUCCCACUCACAGCCUAUGCUUGGAGAACACCCUUCCUCUCUAACAGAAUUGCAUGCACAGAAGCACCAGGUAAACUCACAUUGUCAAUCCAGGCAUCAUUUUGCUCUUAUGUCCCCUAAACAUCUCAAGCAUGCUUCUUUUUUGGCUGAACCUAAACCUCUGAGUCGUUGGGCAGACUUGUUUUAAAAUCUGUAUGUUAAGCAACAAUUUCCUUUAAUUCUGUUAAAUUUUGCCCCUGCAGAUGCGAGCAGUGACUUCUCACUUUUUGAGGCACUGAGGGAGACCAUCUACUCUGAGGUGGCUACUUUGAUUUCCCAGAAUGAGUCUCGUCCUCAUUUCCUCAUUGAACUCUUCCAUGAAUUGCAGCUGCUCAAUACAGACUACUUACGGCAGAGGGCGCUGUAUUCCCUUCAGGUGAGUUUACGUCCAUGUACAGACAUGGAUGUAAGUAGUGGCACCCCAAAAAGUUUUUACAGAAAAUACAACUUUCCUCCCAAAAUGUUUUGAUGUAUGCAUGUUUGUUGCAUUUAUGUGCAUUAGAAAAACACACACACAAAAAAAACAAGAAAAAAACAAAAACAGAAUUGGCGUAAUUGUACACCAAACUCAAAAAAAGGGCCAGACAAAAUAGUUGGCACCCUGUGUAUGGGUCCAGGGCUUGACACUAACUUUUUUCACAAUGAGCACAUGUAAGGAGCACACAAAGAACUUUAGGGGCACAAUAAAAGUUGAUCAAAUAGUGUGUGUCUUAUUGGUGAACAUAAGUACUAUUAUUUGAAAUAAAUUUUAGGUCAACUGGUCACAUGACAUGGAAGCUAUUGAAGAAAAUGUACAAAAUUUGUCUUUAAAUUUAACCCAAAAAAGUUUUAGAGGACAAAUUAGGGAAAUAAAGAGGUGUGUCCUAUUGUUCAACUUUAGUACUAUUAUUUGAAAUCAAUUUUAGGUCAAUUGGUCACAUGACAUGGGAGCUAUUGAAGGAAAACAGCCUUUUUUGAGAACAUCAACUGGUAAUUUAUUGACGGCCCCUUAUUCAACACCGUAGUGUGAGGAUGCCGAGUAGAUUUAACGGCGCUGCUGUUGCUAUGCCCCAUUAUGGAGAGUGAGAAGACACUGGAAGAUCAUCAGUAAAUGUCCAUCAAAUAUCCAACCUAAAACUAACUUCACUGUGGUAUUUACAUGAAAAAACAUUUGUUGCCUCGGUUGAUUUUUUUUUGUGCACAUGUGCCCCUAUUUACAUUUUACAAUUUGCAUCUAUUUUUAGUUGCAAAUGCGAGUGAAACAGUCGCACUGUCGAGCCCUGGGGUCAAUCAUUUUAUUUCAAUGCUGAUGCUUAUUUACACUCACCUGUGGCAAGUAACAGGUGCUGGCAAUGUAGAAAUAACACCUGAAGCCAGUUAGAGUGUAUAAAAGUUGACCUAACCUUUGUGGUGUGUGCCUGUGUGUGUGUGUCACACCAAGCAUGGAGUAGAGAAAGAACAGCUGAGAAUUGUCUGAGUGAAACUAGAAGAAAAAUAGAAACCUCUAUCACAGUGUGAGAGCAGAGCUAGUUAUUAAGAUUUUCCAGUCUUGUUCUCUGAGCCAAGCCUCCAUGUUCCCUUGAAAGCAUGAUUACAAUGGUCUCACGUUUCUGGCAGGACAUUGUGACUGGACACCUGACAGAGAAGAGUGCAGCUGAGGACCAGUUGCCCCCUCUCGGAGCUGUGUCGUGGGCAGCAGGGUCUCAGUCUGAGCUCACACCCAGCCAGAGUCUGGAUUCCAGUGACGCAGUAAGAGAACAAAUCUGAUUGGUUCUCACUUUUCCUCACACCUUCACCAAUCUUGAACUCUUUUUCUCAAUCCUUCCCAUCAUCCUCCUUGUAACCUUUUUUGAAUACCUUUUUUUUACUCGCUUCCAUUUCAAUACAUCUUUCAUUUCUUUCUCUUCCUCUCAGUCUUGUCUGCUUUCAUCCCUCCCUGCCUUGUCCUCCCUUCAUCCUUCUAUGUCUGUCUUUAUCCUCUGAUUUAAAAUUUCUCUGCCCCCAUCUUUAUUGUCUUUGAACGAAACUUGACAGUGAGACUUCAGAGGCCUGUCUUAAAAAAAAAAAAAAGACCCUCCUCUGCACGACUCUUUUUGCCAGAUCAGACAUGUGUUCUUUGUUCUGGGCUACCGUCCCUGGAGUUAUACUAAUUGGCAGUACGUCCUUUUUUGUGUCUAAAUAAUCCCUUUGUUCAAGAAUGAUGGAUGAAAUGUCUAAUUUUCCUCAUUCGGAGGAGCCACCAUUGCUGUCUUUCAUCAUAUGUGUUUGAGGGUUUUUCUUUUUUUUGCCCGUAUGAAAUCUCCACUCAUAGGAAACUCUACCUUUUUCAGGAGGUGGUGGAGAAAAACCUGAGGCUCCCACAGUACUCAGUGAAGAAGAGGGAUGAUGCAGAGUUUGUGGACAAUGAAAGCACCAUGUCAACAUCCUCCAACCUGGAACCAUUUGCCAAUGAUGACCUGGGUAAAAUAGAGAAUGCAUGUGCAAAGUAUCUGAAAAACAAGGAGGUGAAGCUCGUCAAGCUAAAUGCCAAUCUGAAACCCUUCUCUCCCUUCUGGUUUUCACAUGAAGUGCUUUGCUUACUGGCUUUUAACUUGAUCAGAUGAAGAACGCUUUCUUUCUUUGCUCAGCAGGACUACUAAGAGCUUGUUUUGGUAAACAGUUUACACCUCAGGAUCAUGUGUAACUAAAAUAAAGACGAAUACCUUUUAGUGGGAGAUUAUUACUCAUUAAAGGUGGGGUAGGCAGGACCUGAGGAAGUGCCCGUUUUUGGGAGAAAUCUUAAAUGUAAACACUACCCCUCCCAACCAGUUUUCCCCUCAGCUCCUCCUCUCCCCUCCCUCUCUGCUCCAGCAAGCCCCGCCCACAAACAGACGCUCCUGCUCGCUCGUAUCAUUUUAAUUAAAUUCAGAUAUAAUGCAGAUAAAUAUUUCAGAUAAUUACAAAUGGAGCCCAGUCAACAUGAAAGUAAAAAGCAUUGGUGCUACUGUAGAUGCCAACAGACGACCAGCAAACACAAUGUUUGCAGGACUUCAACAACUAGGAUGUAGUGACAUAGUCCAGGACCCGAGGUAAACAGUUAAGCGGCUUUACAACAUGCAGCAGGUCCCAUUUGAUAAGAAACACUUCUGUUACAGACACUUGGAUUACUUUGUUAUAACGGUUUACAUCCAGCAGAAAGGUUACAGGGUCUGUAAGAUCCCGAAGCGACCCCCAUCGGUCAUGCUGAUGUUGACCCGGCUUCUUAGCUCUUGUCCGGUCUACCUCUGUUUUAAGUGCCAGUUAUUCUGCCAGUCUCCAGUAUUUACUUUGUUUUCUUGAUUGUGUUGGCAGUCGUGGCCAAAGGAGGAUUCCAGGAUUCAGACAAUUACGUACUUUCUGGUUGGUUUCUGCACGCUAACUUGGUUUAGGCUCGUGAACGUUAUUCGAGGAUGUGGAGCGUGCCUCACAACACGAGGGAGCAGCGUCUGCCUCACAACCAAUCAGGUUGGGAGAGGCGGAGAAUGGCUUUGUUUACAGUCAGAAAGAGCGGGAUGCUCAAAAAUGUUCAAAUGUUGACUACACAGACAUAAAAGAACACAGCGAUAUCAUGAUAUUCCCAAAUGUCAUCAAUAACUAAUAGAUAUUGACUGAUAUUAAAAGCUUUUUUGUGUAUACACCACAAAAAAGAUGCCUCCUUAACUGCCUACCCCACCUUUAAGAGAAUGGACUUCGAUUUUCGUAUCUUUAGCAAAAAUGAUUGGAAGUGAGGCGGGAAUACUAAGUUUGAUCCUGUCGUGUAAACUUGCUUACAAAUGCAUUAAUGUCCACUACAGUCCUCUCCCUCUCACUUUAUUGAUUUUUAAACUUUUUGGAUGCCAUUUUUCUUUCUUUUCUUCUCCCACUCCUCUUUCUCUGCUGCUGUAAUAGGCAACACGGUGAUUCAUUUAGACAAGGCUCUGGCCAGGAUUAGAGAGUAUGAGCGCAUGAAGCUUAAGGCUGAGUUUAACCCCUGCGACGGCAGCACCGCAGGCGGCUCUGAAGCCUCAAACGCCGAACACCGCUCCGCUAACCCUGCAGACCAAGCGGAAGGUACCCAAAUAACAAGCCUGCCAGAGUUUUCCACGUGCAAACACUUUCAGAGCGCAACCACAGUCUGUGAUUUUAAUUGCGAUUUUGAAUCAGCUGAUGGUGUUUUUGAUGUCUCUGAGCAGGUGGUGCAGCCGGUGAUGUGCACUGUCCUCAGAUUGACACCCAGCAGCUGGAUCGACAGAUCAAAGCCAUCAUGACAGAAGUCAUUCCUUUCUUUAAGGUAGGAUGACGAACUAGGGGAAGUUUCUGGUACAUUAUCCUUUGCUUAAGGACUUCUAGGUUUUUGUCUAAACUGGCAACCGCUAGGCAAAGAUGUAUCUCUUUGCUGAUCUCAUCAUGUUUAUGUCCAAGUCGUGUUUUAGCAUCUUCCUUCGUUUAAAUUAAUCAUCUCUGGCAUGAAAUACAUGAAAUAUUGUCAUUAACCAUCUCAUCUGGGUUCUGUGCUGUAAAUUUAAGAAGCUCCCUGUUGUCUUUAAUCAGGAGAACAUGGAUGAGGUGUGUUCCCUCCAGCUGCUGACUUCUGUGCGGCGCAUGGUCCUCACUCUCACCCAACAGAACGAUGAAAGCAAAGAGUUCGUCCGCUUUUUCCACAGACAGCUGGGAGGAAUACUGCAGGUACGACCGCUGCCAACACCGGGUCCUGGCCAAGUCUUAGCAGUUCAAAUAAAAAACAUAACUCAGCAGACUUCUUACUCUCUUCUCUCGCUCCCCAGGACUCGCUCAGUAAAUUUGUAGGCCGUACUCUAAAGGACUGUGGGGAGGACCUCCUUGUGGAGAUCUCCGAGAUACUCUUCAAUGAACUGGCCUUCUUCAUGCUCAUGCAGGACUUGGAUAACAGCAGCAGCACAGCCUUGGCAGCCAAACAAAAGAAUAAAAAGAGGGCUGAGCAACUUAGUAAAGCAAAUCAGUGUCUCAAGGUUAGUUUGCUACACCUACUCGAGUAUUUUACUAAAAUAUUGGAAGGUCGGUUUAAGGCUGCUUCAUUGAAAUUUGCUUGAAUAAGACUAAUUUCACCCUGGGUGUUAAUGUAUUCCUCUAAUUAGGAAAACACAGACACUGGAGGAGAUAAGUCAGCCUCCCCAGCCUACACUGAUGAAGACAAGGUCAGUCAUUGAAGUACUGAUAAUGUAAUCGUCAAUACCAAUUAGCACUGCAGUCAUCUGUGCUACAAUGAUGUCUCUCUCUCUUUAUUCCAGGACCAAGAGGAGGUGGAGCAGGAAGGGGAUUCUACUGUAAAGGAGAACGGCCUGCAGACAGAGAGGAAGAACAGCAGGAGCAGUGACGCUUCUGAGGAAGAGGAGGAAGAGGAGGAUGAAGGGGAUGCACAAGGAAUGCCUCUGUCAAUUAGUAAGUAAAAGUAGUAAAAAGGGCCGCAUGUGAGAACUUCUGAAUGUUUUCAACAGGUGACAAGUCGGGACUGCAGGCUGGCCAGCUUAGUGCCCAGACUGUUUCACUUUGGGGUGGGGCAGGAUGAGGUUUGGUAAUGUCUUGCAGAACUAUGUGAGAUCUUUCUUAAAAAGGCAUUAUCUGGUUGGCAGCAUAUGUAUUCAGCAUUAAUGAUGCCUUCCCAGAUGUUCAGGCCAGCCAUCCCAUGGGCACAGAUUUUUUUUUCUUCUCGUGAGUUUCAACUUUUGAUGUGUUGUAUUUGCUUUUUUUUUCAGUUAAUUUGUAUGUCGAAUCUAUAAAAAGAGAAACUACCGUAUUUCCCGGACUAUAAUUUGCUCCGGAGUAUAAAUCGCACCAGCCAAAAAAUGCAUAAUGAAGAAGAAAAAGCCAUAUGUAAGUCACACCGGAGUAGAAGUUGCACCAGCCAAAAAAUGCAUAAGAAAAAAAUAUAUACUGGUAUAAGUCACAUUUUUGAGGGGAUAUUUAUUUUACAAAAUCCAAGACCAAGAACAGACAUUUCAUCUUGAAAGGUAAGUUAUAAUAAUAAUCUAGCCAUCUAGCUUUUAGACCAGGAUUACCUUUUUUUGUUGUCUUCAUCGCAGUGAGAGUAACCCCCAGUUUUCGCCAGUCCCUCACAAGUUUCUCGCUCACUCCAAACUCUCUCUCCGCUGCUCGAUUGCCGUUUUCGGCUGCAUAUUUCACUUCUUACAGAUUGUAAUCUGCAGUUUGUAAUCUGCAGAAUAUGAUUUUCUUUUUGGCGGCACUUGUGCUCAGUCUUUCUUAGUUGUCGAUAUGAGCUAACGUUAAUUUUUAAAUCUUCAGUGGUACAGGGGUAGCAGAUAGUGGUACACCAGCCAAGAGUGCCGCUGUCAGUGUCAGUGUGAAAAUAACAAACGUGUGAAAUUAUAUAUUUUAAUAUAUAUAAAUCGCACCUGAGUAUAAGAUGCAAACCCAGCCAAACUAUGAAAAAAAGUGCGAAGUAUAGUCCGGAAAAUACGGCAGUCAUGAGAAAUGCCAGUGAUGCUUUUUUCGAAUACCAUAUGAAGAAAUUGACCUUGUUUUUAUAAGGUCAAGCUAAAUAGGAUGCACCGUCAUUAAAAAAGAACGAUGGAUAUACACCAAAAUGUUUCUUUGCACUCCCGUGUGUAUAAACUCGUUUAAUGUUCCAGGAAUGUGUCCAUCAUUCUUGUUUCUUCUUUAGGUCUUUCAAAAGCAGAGACUCAGGCGCUGACAAACUACGGCAGUGGAGAAGAUGAGAACGAUGAAGAGGAAAUGGAGGAGUUUGAAGCUGGACCCGUCGACGUCCAAACGUCUUUGCAGGCGUCUAUUGAUGGACAGGUGGAGCAGGAGGUCAGUGUCACUGUCACGCUUAGAGAUGUUUUCUUGUUAAUCUUAGUCUGACGUCUGUAAUCUUGUCAUGUUCCAGAAGACAACACCCAGUGAAACACAGGACUCUAAAACCGAGCAGAAGAGUUCAGAGAAUGACGACGGUGAGACUUUAGAGUAGAAUGUUUAAAAGUGGCUCUGAGUCUGUCGGAAAACAUCUUUUUACACUCUUUGUUUUGCCGUUAUUGUUCAACAACAAGCUCCUUUUCUUUGUUUUUAGAAAUCAGUAGGUCAGGUGGGACCGGUAGCUCCACAGCAGAGGACUGUGACAUGGCCGAGUGCCAGAGUCCGAAGGAGGAGGCCAAAGCCGGAGCAGCUGCUGACUCGGAAGCAGGCUCUGCAGUCUCUGAUGGUCAGGAUGUCCCAAAGGAAUCCACCACCACCACGAGCAGCCCUGAUACAGACUCACCCGUCAUGAUCAAUGUUGAUGUGAGUACGAAGCCAAAGAUGCUUCAGUUUACCAAGAACUUUGUCAAAAACAGCGCUACUGAACGCUCAAGAGCACGAUAAUUCAAUCUACCUGUUAUUGUCUACGCAGGAGGUUGGCUCGGGGAAUACCAGUCAAAAAUCUGAUGAAGAAGACUUUGUGAAGGUGGAUGACCUGCCGCUGCAGCUUACAGUCAUGUGUGAGGUGUGUAAAAUUGUCACAUCAAAGCUAAUAUCAAAUGAAAGCUUUGUGUUUUCUAACCAUCCACUGCGCUGUGUUCACAUCAGGAGGAACUACAGAAGAGGAUCGUGGAGGAGCAGCAGAAUAACAACCUGUCAGUGGAGAUUCUCAAUGGAAACACCGCAUCACUGACUGGGCUGGUGGGAAACGCACAGGCCCUAAAGAAACCAGGUAUGGAUUAAAAUCCCUGUCAGUUAGAAUUAGUUUUGCUCGUGGAGAUGCCAAACAGCUGAGAAAAGCCCCCGAAAAACUGUCUUCUGUUGGCAUGUUUACAUCCACGGAGGAAUAAGCUGCUAUCUUUGCUCAAACAGUCCGACCCUUGGAGAGUAAAAAUGUGUUUUUCUUUGUCUUUUUCAGAAACGGUUGGAGCCCAGGGUGUGUGAAGAUUUAUACAGAUAUAUGAAUAUCUAUUGCUCGUAGAGACUCUAUCCACACACCCUUAAUCUGUUCUGUUCUGUUUGAUUUUUGAUUCUUUAUCUGCUUUUUUAAAGGCGCACACAGUUUGCCACAAGAUAGCUGAGAUCUAGAUAAAACACUACACAUAAUACACACAUAGUUUCUUUUAUUCCUGGAUGUUUAAUGUGAUUUAUGGGUGACCUGGGGAGGGUUUGUCUUUAUGCUGCUGAUUACAGCCAACAGUUAAGCCUCUUUAGUUCGGAAACUCCUCCUCAGAUCUGCCUCGGCCUCGUUCUUGGUUCUGGGAUCACUUUGACUGAGUUUUGAAAAUGUUUUAUUUGUCUUUGCCUGGCCUUACCGCUGUUCAGCGUGUCUCUCUUCUGCACUUGGUUCCUGUUCUUGAGAUUACAGUAGGACUUGGGCUUAAUAGUUCCUCUUCUUGUUCCUUCAUCCCAGAGCUCAGGCUUAGCUUUUAUCCGUUCAGACACAUCUUUAUAUGUUUUUUUUUUCUUUUAAUCUCCAUUGAUUUUUGCUGUAAUUAAAAUGUUGACUACAGUCAUAAGUUUUAAAUAAUAAAAUACUGAACCUUUUAA